AUGCUAAUACUCAAAAUGAUCAGACGUCGGAUAAUACGCUUUAUAUCCCAGGGAAGACAUAUUAGAAUACUUCAAUAUUCAAGUAAUUCCAAUAUCCGAAAUUAUACUCUACCGCAUUUUAAGAAUUUUACGAAUAGGACAAUAAAAGAAGUUAUAGUAAUUCACAUCCCAAUCAGCCAGGACUUUCAUACCGGUAGACAGCUUUUGGGGGUAGAAGAAGUUAAAGCACCAACCUUUCCGGACUCUGUCUCCAGCGGAGAUGUCAAGUUGGUAAAGAAAGAAGGAGACGCCGUGGCUAUGGACGAGGUGGUCUUGGAAAUCGAGACGGACAAGACGGCCCUCCCGGUCAUGUCGCCCGGUAACGGAAAAAUCGUCAAGAUGCUGGUCAAAGAAGGAGAAUCUGUAAAAUCUCAACAACCCUUGUUCCAGGUUGAUGUUACUGGAGAAGCUCCAUCUAAAGCUGCUCCUGCGGCCGCUCCUGCCGCAGCUCCAGUUCCUGCCGCUACUCCAACUCCUGCCGCUGCCCCUGCGCCAGCGGCAGCUAAGGCCCCAGCUACAACCCCCGCCACUACUAAGGCUACUGUUACUAAGCCACCUACAGCUAAACCUGCAGCAGCUAAAAAACCGACUGGACCCACACUAGCGACACAAAGGAUCGGUGAUCCAACAAAGACGAUAUCGGGCACCAGAACCGAACACCCGGUGCCAAUGAACAAGAUGCGGAAACGUAUCUCUGAACGAUUAAAGGAAGCACAGAACACGACUGCAAUGCUUACUACGUUCAACGAAUGCGAUAUGAGUAAAUUAAUGGCGUUCCGCAAAGCGAACCUCGAAGCUUUCACAAAAAAGUACGGAGUGAAGUUAUCUUUCAUGUCGCCUUUCUUGAAGGCAUCUGCUAAUGCCCUGAUGGAUCAGCCAGUUGUAAACGGUGUUAUUAUUGGAGAUAAUAUAAUUUAUAGAGACUAUGUGGAUAUUUCUGUGGCGGUUGCGACUCCUCGAGGUCUAGUCGUGCCCGUACUUCGUAAUGUAGAGUCGAUGGACUAUCCACGUAUUGAGCUUGCUAUGGGUGCUCUCGCUGAAAAGGCUAGAACCGGUAAGCUAACACCGGCUGACAUGCAAGGCGGCACAUUCACGAUUAGCAACGGAGGCGUUUUCGGCUCUCUACUCUCAAUGCCGAUCAUCAAUUUACCACAAUCAGCAAUACUGGGCAUGCACGCUAUAUUUCAACGACCGGUCGCAAUAAACGGCAAGGUGGAUAUAAGGCCCAUGAUGUACUUGGCAUUAACUUAUGAUCAUAGAUUAAUCGACGGACGUGAAGCUGUACUGUUUUUGCGAAAAGUUAAAUCUGGUGUCGAAGACCCUACAUCUAUUUUAGCUGGAAUUUAA